AUGUCAGAAACUACACCAGUUCCUGUUGGCGAAGCAGGUGAAAAAAGUGCUACAGCAUUAAAAAAAGAACAAAAGAAAUUAGAAAAAGAGAAAAAGAUAGCAGAAGCUAAAGCAAAGAAAGCCGCUGAGAAAUCAGCAGCAAGUGGUAAUAGUGGUGAACAAAAGAAUGAAAAGAAACAAGAACAAGUUGAAGAGAAUAAUAGUAAUUGGGGUGAAUUACCAAUGAAUCAAAGUAAAGAAAAGAUUACAAGAGAAUGGACAGAUGUAUCACAAUUGACAGAAUCAUUAGUUGGUAAAUCAGUAUUAAUUCGUGCACGUCUUUCAACAAGUCGUUUACAAGGUGCCAAUCUUUGUUUUGUACAAUUAAGAGAUGGUUUAUAUACAGUUCAAGCAGUUGUUGCCAAAGGUGGAUCCAACUCGAAAUCAAUGGUGCAAUUUGUUGGACAAGUUCCAAAGGAAUCCAUUGUUGACGUUCAAGCAACCGUUGUCUCAACCAGUGUACCAAUUGAAAGUUGUACACAAAAAUCCGUAGAAUUACAAGUUUCAUCAUUUUUCAUCGUAUCAAAAUCAACAUUACUCCCAUUACAAAUUGAAGAUCUCUCAAGAGCCCAACCAUUAUUGGAUAAGCAAGAAGACGAUCUCAAGCAAUUGGAACAACUUUUACAAAAUACCAACUUGAAUGAACAAGAGAAAACCGAUUUAGAAAAGAAGAAGAGUGAAUGUAUUAAAUUUGUAAACGUAUCACAAGAGAAGCGUUUGGAUAACAGAGCAUUGGAUCUUAGAGUACCAGCCCACCAAUCUAUUUUCCGUCUUCAAUCAGGAGUUUGUACACUCUUCCGUGAACAAUUACUCGGUGAGGGUUUCAUUGAAAUUCAUUCACCAAAGAUCAUUUCCGCUGCCUCUGAAUCUGGUGCCUCUGUUUUCAAAUUAAACUAUUUCAAUACCCAUGCCUAUUUGGCCCAAUCACCACAACUUUACAAACAAAUGGCAAUCUGUGCCGAUUUCAAUAAGGUCUUUGAAAUUGGUCCAGUUUUCCGUGCUGAAAACUCCAAUACUCAUCGUCAUUUGACCGAGUUUGUUGGUCUCGAUCUUGAAAUGACCUUUAAGGAUCAUUAUCAUGAGGCUUUGGAUACUUUGGAUCGUUUAAUGACCUCGAUUUUCCGUGGUUUAGAGACUCGUUUCGCAAAGGAAAUCGAAUCUGUAAACACUCAAUACCCAUUCGAACCUUUCAAAUUCACUUAUCCAUCACCACGUUUCACCUUUGAUGAAGCCGCUGCUAUGUUGGCCGAAUUAAAUGACCCAGAUUACAUUGUAAAAGACAAUGAUUUCAAUACUCGUCAAGAGAAACGUUUAGGUAAAAUCAUCAAAGAGAAAUUUGGUGUAGAUUUCUUUAUCGUCGAUAAAUUCCACGUUGAAGUUCGUCCAUUCUAUACCAUGCCUGAUCCAAAUAAUCCACAAUGGGCAAAUGCUUACGAUCUCUUUAUGAGAGGUGAAGAAAUUUGUUCUGGUGCUCAACGUAUUCAUGAUCCAGAAUUACUCGAAAAGAGUGCUAAAUCUCAUGGUGUUGUUAUUGAGGAUAUUCAAGGUUAUAUCGAUUCCUUUAAAUAUGGUUGUUCACAACAUGCUGGUGGUGGUGUUGGUUUAGAACGUGUAGUUAUGCUUUAUUUAGGUUUAGGUAAUAUUAGAAAAGCUAGUUUCUGUCCACGUGAUCCAACAAGAUUAACUCCAUAA